CCAGCAGCCGAAACUCAAACAGUUGAUUUUUGCAAUUCGGUGAAACAAGAUAGUUGGCUGGAGGAGUAAGGUACAAUACACGAAAUGAAAUUCUUGAUAAUAGUAUUUGUUGCGCUCUUCGCCUUUGCAUCGGCCCAGUUUCCGUUCGGCCAAAUUGUUAGGGAUAUUGAACGAUUCGAAGGCGGUUUCCAACAGCAGCAGCAGCAGCAGCAAAGCGGCUUUGGCGGUGGUCAACAGCAGCAGCAGCAGGAGGAGGGUGUCAUACUCAGAGGUCCUUUUGGCGGCGGAGUGGAGUUCUUCCAGGGGCAACAACAGCAGCAGCAAGGCGGUGGAGGUCAGCAGCAACAGCAGCAGCAGGAGAACUUAUUUAACUUCUUCGGCUAAUGCUCCUUUAUGCUCCUUAAGAAGGACAUCUAGACAUAGACUGACCACCAUCUAGAGAGCUCAGAAGCCAUCACUUAAAGCCAUGCUCAUAGAGAUAAACACAACAUGAAAAAAUACUUUUAAAAAUACACGAUUCUAAACAAACAAAGAAAUAAUUAUCAUUUUCUGUACAGAUACUUUAGACAUUUAAUUUUAAUGCUUUAUUUUAGUUUAAUAAAGCAAUAACGUUUUGCCAAAGAAAAUUACGUGAAAUCAAAUAAAGGCAAUUUGUUUACGAGGUCAAAGAGCA